AUGACGCCCCUCACUGGACUCCAUUCCUCGCGCCCCAAGGCCUCUGCUGCCCUACUGCUCGCCUGGGUCUUCACCCAGGUGACUGGAGCCCUAGGUGCUACGGAUAUAUUGGUACCAUAUAAUUUAACUUGGAAAUCAACUAAUUUCAAGACAAUCUUGGAGUGGGAACCCAAACCCAUCAAACAUUUCUACACUGUUCAGAUAAGCACCAAAUUCGGAGAUUGGAAAAACAAAUGUUUCAGAAGAACAGCAACCGAGUGUGACCUCACCGAUGAGAUUGUGAAGAACGUGAGACUGACAUACACAGCGAGAGUUCUCGCCUACCCAGCGGGGAGUGGGCAAGCCUCCACUCCUUUUGGGGAACCUCCGUUUACAAACUCUCCAGAAUUCACCCCUUAUGUAGAGACACUUCUUGGACAGCCAGAAAUUCAGAGUUUUGAACAAGUUGGGACAAAACUGCGUAUAACAGUACGACCUACACCUACCUUAGUCAGAGCAAAUGGCACAUUCCUAAGCCUCCGGGAUGUUUAUGGCAAAGACUUAAGUUAUAUUCUUUAUUUCUGGAAAUCUUCAAGUACAGGAAAGAAAACAAACAAGACAGAAACAAAUGAGUUUUUGGUUGAUGUGGAUAAAGGAGAGGACUACUGUUUCAAUGUCGAGGCUGUGAUUGCCUCCCGAAAAGAAAAUCAGAAGAGCCCAGAGAGCCUCAUUCUGUGCACUAACCAUGGAAAAGACCGUAUCAGAGGCUUGGCCUACGUCAUUGGAGCAGUGGUGGUUCUGGUCAUCAUCUUCGUCAUCGUUCUGUUCAUAUCUCUGUACAAAUGUAGGAAGGCAGGAGGACAUCAAAAUGGGAAGGAAAACUCUCCUCUUAAUGUUGCAUGA